CAGCCAAAGCUGUGCACGUUAACAAUCAGAGUACAAGCAGCUGUAUUGAAUGCUUUGGAAAAAAAGAGCUUCCCGUUGCUGUUUAUUGUCUCAAGCCUUUAUAAUAUCCUUAAGUUCUUUUUUAUUGCCACUCAGUCAGUCCUGCUAUUAUGAAAUGAUCCAUUUAUGAUCAUAUUAGGGUUUGGUUUAAGCCGUACUGAUAUAAGCUCGUAAGACUUUUCAGCCUGAAAUAUCCUGGGAAAACAUUAAGCUGGUUAUCAAUAAUUUAUGUGGGUUUUUUCCUGGGUAGCUUUUUUUUUGUAUCAAAAGGUAGUUGUUUAAAUAACAAAGCUUCACUGCUUCUGUGUUGGGAGGAUGUACAGUGACAUUUAAAUUGGCAGGCUAAAAUUUACUGAGCAUACAACAAUGGGUUCCCAAAUAAAUUGAAACUUGAGGGGGGCAGGGACAGAACACUUCAGUUCCUCUUCACUUUGUAUUUCUAUGCAAGGUAUAUCCCACACUUCUCUAUAGCGGUAACACAGACAGAAGACAGUUUCUUUUCAACGGUAGGUCACCAUCAAAGUGAUGGUCAUAUGUAUUUCAAAGUGUGGACUAGUGAAGAUUUACUGAGGACGUUGCAUAUCAGUAAUGGUGGCGAGUGGAGCAGACCAAAAGGGAAGCAGCAGGCACUGAAGAGUGCAGACGACUGGACGCCAUGUUAGAGGGGUUGAUAGAGACAGAGCCUCUCCUGCACAGAGGACUCGAGCUCCAGUGAUGAUCCUCUCAUCCUUACUCCGCAGAAAGGAGCACCAUCCAAACACACAUCUGCACACCUGGACAGACCCCUGCAGCGAGACACAGCUGCAUAUUCUCCUCAGUCUUCUUCAUUUACACUUAAGAACUUGUUGACUUGUGGUAACAGAGUGUGGCACCUCACAGACACAUCUAUGAGAGCCCAAGGGUUGAUAAAGUUCAAACACCUUAAGUGGUGUGAAUGAGGACUGUAUUUGUUGCUUUCACUCAGAGGAGUUUAUCAUCUUUGCACACAGAGCUCUCGUUUCACACCAGCAUCAUAGAGACCAGGACAGAAAUUUAACAGGGAGAGCAGAAAGCUCUGGACCAGAGUGGAGAAAAGAUUAUUGGACUGGAGUCAGUUUCUCAGGCACCAUGCAGUCAGAUGACCUCUUCAUCCGCAAGUUUCGCCGUCAGAACAUGCGGCCGCCUAUUGCCACCGUCAACUUUGACCCUAAACGGGAAGCAGGUGUGGUGGAGUGGCCGCCAAGGAGGGAGGCUGAUGGAGCUGAUGGAGACAGCCUCACUCCCAGCCGUGUGGGGCUGACGCUGAGGUCGGUGGGCCGGGGCCACAUCAUGCAGAGAAGUAACAGCGAUGUAACCUUAGGAGACUUGGACUCCUCCGGGAAGGCAGGGGGGAAAGCAGUCCGGGCAGUUGGUGAGAAGGUGGGUGCGGGGGCUCAGGGGGAUGGGGGUGUGCUGCUACACAGGGAAUAUGGCAGCCUGUCCUCGCUGGAGAGACAGACUCAAGCCCAGGAGCCGAGCACAGACGACCAGGGGCCCCUGAGUCCAAAUGCCCUCCGCUUCAAAGACCCUUUCCUACUUUUAGGACUUCAGGGCAACCCUCCAGAGCCUGAUGGAUUCUUUCGGGGUUUGUCUGUUUCUGUAGGAGACUCCCCAAAACCUGCAAAGCCGCCGAAGCCUGAAGGUCUAAGUAAGAAAACCAAACCCCCUCAGAUCCCUCAACCAGGUCCAUAUGAUAACAUCGGGGGCGGGGCCUGGGUGAGGAACUUUGCCCAUUACGAUGUUCAGAGCAUCCUGUUUGACCUCACCGAGGCGGCCACAAACAGGGACAGCAUUGGACGGAAAAAGAAUAUCACCUCAGGGGCUUCAGCCGCCUCCCAGCUUCGCCCCCUCUCCCAAGCCUCCCCGUCCUCACCAGCACAGGGCAGUGGAGGUAACGGCGGGAAUGCGGAUGAGGCCGAGCAGUCGCUGCUGGACGAAGGUGACGGCAACGAUAACGAGCUCCUUCUCAGCUGCCCCCACUUCCGCAAUGAGACAGGGGGAGAGGAGCAGGUGGGUCUCGGUCGAUCCCAGGGGAGGCGGGGACUCUGGUCAAGCCUGCGAACACCCAAUGAUGCAGUGUCAGUCCUGGAGGAGCCCAGAGAGAGUAACGUCCAACAGCAGGGCAAGAGCAACUACUUUAUAGAGCAUGCAGAUCUGGGAGCCCAUUACUAUCGCAAAUAUUUCUACAUGAAAGAACACCAGAAUUUCUUCGGCAUGGACGAUCGCCUCGGUCCAGUGGCCAUCAGUUUCCGUCGAGAGGAGAAGGAAGGAUCCAGCGGAGCUCAGUACAAUUACAGAAUCAUCUUUCGCACCACAGAGAUGAAGACGCUGCGAGGUUCCAUCUUGGAGGAGUCCGUGCCUUCUGCCGCUCGUCACACGACCCCUAGGGGCUUGUCUCCCAAGAGGCUGCUGGAGUUCAUCAUGCCUGAGCUGAACCUGCACUGCCUCCGCUUGGCCUCAAACUCCCCCAAGGUCCGAGACACCCUGCUGAAGCUGGACGAGCAGGGGCUGAAUUUCCAGCGAAAGGUUGGGGUGAUGUACUGCCGGGCCGGGCAGAGCUCAGAGGAAGACAUGUACAACAACGAGAGCUCGGGGCCGGCGUUUGAGGAGUUCCUGGACCUGCUCGGGGAGCGUGUGCGGCUGAAGGGCUGGGAGAAAUAUCGAGCCCAGCUGGACAACAAGACGGACUCAACAGGGACGCACUCCCUCUACACGCGCUACCAGGACUAUGAGAUUAUGUUUCAUGUGUCCACCAUGCUGCCAUACACAGCCAACAACACACAACAGCUGCUGAGGAAGCGACACAUCGGUAACGACAUCGUGACGAUCGUGUUCCAGGAGCCAGGCGCCCUGCCCUUCACUCCAAAGUCCAUCCGCUCCCAUUUCCAGCAUGUCUUCAUCAUCGUUCAGGUCCAUGAGCCCUGCACUGACAACACCUAUUACAGGGUGGCUGUGACACGCUCUAAAGACAUGCCAUUAUUUGGCCCACUGUUCCCCAAGGGCGCCCGAUUCCCUCGCUCGCCUGCCUUUAGAGACUUCCUCCUGGCGAAGGCAGUGAAUGCUGAAAACGCUGCAGAGAAGUCAGAGAAGUUUCGCUCCAUGGCCACCCGCACACGACAGGAAUACCUGAAGGACCUGGCUGAAAACUAUGUGACCACCACGCCCAUCGACUCCUCCACCAAGUUCCCCCUGCUCUCUCUGGGAGGCAAGCGCAAAGACAAGCUGAAGGGCGCCAAAGGGGCUGAGCUGCACAGUGCAGGGGCGCUGGUGUGGGCUGUGGUGGUCAACAGUGGAGAUGAUGGGGAGGUGGGAGAGCACAGGCUCCCCUGUCUGCUCGGGGUGUCGGCCGAGUCGGUGGUGCUCAUUGAGAGGUGCACACGCAGGGUGGUGUUUAACUGCUCCUGUCGAGAUGUCAUCGGCUGGAAGGCAGUGACAGAGACUAAGGAGGGGGGGCCCUGUUUGGAUAUCUUCUAUGAGCGUGGGGAGUCGGUGUCAAUCAGUGUGAUGGAGAGCCAGGCGGAGGAUAUCCGAGAGGUGGUGCAGAGGCUAGAGCUGGUGACGCGGGGCUGUGAGGCUCUAGAGGUCACCCCCCUGAGAGAUGGAGUCGGGCAGCCCGGCUUCCUCAUGAACGAGGAGGGCUUUGUGACGGAGCUGCAGCGGUUCUGUUACGCCGAGAGUGGAGGCCUGCAGCUGUGGGCUCGUGUAGUGCGGCUGUGCGGACACUCGCUUGUUCACCUGAGCCCUGAGGAGAGGACCAGGCUGCUCCGCACUGCGCACAAGAUCCACAUCACUGUCAUCCCGCCGGAUGAGAACGGCAAGCCUCGCAGAAGUUUCUCCGAGCUGUACCAGAAAGCCAUCAAGGACGUGGAGUGCAAACCCGGCGAGGAUCAGUCUGGAGAGGCCUGGGUGCUGGAUGAGAGGGAAGAAGAAGAGGAGCAGGAGGAGCAGCCGGAGGAAGCGAAGGAGGACAAGCUGAAGGCGGGUGGGGUUAAUGAAGCGGACAUAACGGAGGUGCAGGUGGAGGCCGAGGAGGGCGAAGGGCAGUCGUGUGAUAAAGGGCAAAGCGAGAGAAGUCACGGCUCGCUCCUCACGCCGCCCAGCUUACCGUUGUUACGGGCCACUUCACUGCAGGACCAACCAGCCAAUCAGAACCAGGAGAGCAGCGGCUCGCAGCUCACACGCAGCUGCUCUUUGGAGAGACAGCCGUCCUACAGGGACACGUGUGAUGGGCACGUGUACGACAACGUGGGGCUGAAGGGGGAACGCCACAUCUACGAGAACAUCGGCGAGCUGAGAGACGCCACACCUGAUCUGAUCCUGGCUGUCAAACCCAAGGUUCCCCUGGAGGACGAACAGUUCAUGGGUGCCGAGUUUGGCGAUGACAAAGCUUCGGUGAGUGACUCGUCUUCCCGGUUGUCAUGUGUAGACCGAGCUGAAAGAAAUUCACGAGCCCUCAGUCUUCAUAACUCCAUCACCAAGAUUCUCUCAGAGACGACCGAUUCGACUGAGGAGGAGUGGCAGUCCAUCGCUGACCUGGCCACAGCCUGCCGCAGCAUCCUGGAGGCUUUGUCACGAGAGGACCGUAAAGCUGGAGACCCUUCCCAAGCAGGAGGUGACCAGACAGACGGCAAGCUAAAAGACUCAAAGGAGAGUGACUCUCCAGGCCACCUAGAAGAGAAGGUGUCGCAGCUGGAGUCCAUGCUGAAGAGGCUGCAGGAUGACCUGCAAAAGGAGAAGGAGGACAAGGCGGUGCUGCAGGCCGAGGUGCAGAGCCUCAGGCAGAACAACCAGCGGCUGCAGGAGGAGUCGCAGAGCACAGUGGCUCGCCUCAUCAAAGUCACCGAGCUGCUGUGCAACGUCAACAAGCCCUGUUAGCUCCGCUGCUGCACGCACGAAACACACAAAUCGGUGGUUAGAUGCAAAUCGUACAGCGUGCUCGUACGCUCAGUAUACUCAUUCUGUUUAUACAUAUUUGCAAAAGGCAGACACACACACACACACACACACACACACAUGCAUCCUCUUCAGUCUGUGUGUUACCACAGUCUCAAUCCUGAAUCCUGGACCUGCCUGCUGGUGAGGGAGUAUGCAAAUCAACUCAUUAAAAAAAAAAAAAAAGAAAGAAAGAAAUGACAUUUCCAACAUCCCAUGACCUUCACAGACUGACCAGUGUGCAGCUCUCAGGCUGCUGUGUGGGUACGCUGUGCCAGAGUGCUUCUCUUGGUGUGUAUGAUACAGUAUGUGCGUGGACGUGUGCCUCGUGUGUGUGUGUGUGUGUGUGUGUGUGUGUGUGUGUGUGUGUGUGCAUCUCUUACUGUACCUUGCUUCAAAUACUUGACAAGCUGGGCUGAAUAGCACUUGCAUAAAAAGUGGCAAUUAAGACUGAGAGACACUGUAUAGCAUGUUUGGUGGUGUCUUAUCCGAAAUGACCAAAAGUGUAUAUAUAUAUCACCAAUAAUAUAUGUGAACAGUAGUAUUGCUAUCCUCUCUGCCAGACGUGUAGUUGCGAUGUCUGAGUGUGGCUCCGCCCCGGCGCUGAUAGUGUGGAAGGCAAGGAAAAAAAAAAAAAAAAGGGAACAUGACAAUGACAAGCCUGUAGGCAGCCUUCUACUUCAAAAGAUGUAAUGAUGCUAGCUGACUGGCCUCAGAGCAAGGCCUGUUAUGUAAGGACAUCAUUCUCUGCCCUCUUCACUUCUCAGAAGUACUGUAUUUAAGACACUGGAGUUUUUAGGGUGAGACUAUUUAAAAGAAAAAAAGAAACCCAUACAUAAAAAGGACGUACAGUAAACUGGAAAAAAAAACUGAGCAUGCUUGUUCCUCCCGGAAGUGUGUAUGAAAACAGUAUUAAAGGGAUACUGAAAAGGGUUAUACCUCUCCUGAAGACGCAGACAAUGGCAGGAAAAGAACUGCUUCAGCUUCCUUCCAUGAUUGCCUGUAGCUGUUUUCUUCUAACCUCACUAUUGUAGCAGCCAUACUGUAGAAGAUCUCCUCCUGCUGGCCUGAACCACAAAAUGCCAAAAGGCAGCUUUUUUUCUUUCAGCUGGCAAAAUAGCUUUAGGUGUCAGAGUUAAAACACCUUGAACUAAUAGUGAAAUACAGAAUAUUGUAUUUAAAUAUGUUUUGUGUUUGGCGGAUGUCUACAGUGACCAUUUUUGGGUAAUUGUUUACUAUGGCUUACGAGUGGUAGCGGUAAGGACAAUAGGUGAAAUCUUACCAUUCCACCCUGAUGUGUGUUUGUGUGUGUUUCUGUGUCGUUCUUGCACUUUCUUUUUUUGUAAAAUCAGCACUGGACAGGGCACAUACUGUACUUUAUUUAGCCCAGGUUACGUCUCAC